UGAUAUAAAUACGGAUUCAAUUUGAACUGCUGUUGUCAGUGACGAAGUUAACGCCCUACAAACAGAAAAUACAAUGCAGAGCUCGAUAAUUUUUACCACUUUCUCCAUCAUUUUGUGUGGGAUAGUUGGAAAAUGUUCUUGCAACUCUAGCAGCUCCUCGUGCAGAUAUCUGAACGAGGAGUAUGCAGUAGAUGCAAGACGCCCACAAAACACAUGUGAAUAUUACGGAUGUUAUGGCCAAGUUACCUGUCCAGGAAGCUCAUCGACUGGAGAAUGUUACUGCAAAAAAGGAUAUGCGCGUAUUUUCGCUAAAGGACCCUGCAUUUCAAUUGCGCAUCCGUACUGUGCACAAAGAUUACCCCCAACACCCGAGGUUUGUCAGAGCAGGCCAAACGAAGUUUAUAAAGAGUAUGCUGACAGCCGUCAAUGUGAAAACACAUGUGCAAAUUACGACUAUAACUGCGGAAAUGUGUACACAUAUGCUCCAGUUUGGAAACCGUGGUGCGAUUGCGUAGAGGACUAUGCUCGACUACCGAACGGAAAAUGUGUGCCAGUUUCGGAUCCAGAAUGUAUGAAACAAUAUCAGCCAUCAGUCGCGAACUGCUGGCGACGUGGUCAGGAAAUAUAUCGAGUUGGACAAAUAUGCGAAGCUAUUCCAACUUGUGAGUACCCGAACGGACCUGAAGUUGUUUGCAUGGCUAUCGGUCCCAUGCCUAGAUGUUAUUGCAAAGCCGGAGAACUUCGGAAUGCAGCGGGUAAAUGUGUUCCGGCAGAUAAAUGUUAAUAAAUGUUUACGUUCCAACACAAA